CAAAUUAUUCAGUAUAUGGACCGAGGUCUUUUGACCAAACAAAUAUAAAUUAAGCUUCAUUCCUCUUAGUUUUAAUCAUGAAUAUGCAAUUGCAGAUCUUAGAUUGUAAAAAAGGCGACAUAAUCUAAUCUACUAAAGUAUUAUAAUAUUACUACUGCGUAAUUUGGUUUGUAGCCACUGAAAUUAUACAACAAAAAGAAAUUAAAACAACAAAUUAAACCAUGCCUAAAGGAAGCCAUCCAGAUUUGGAAGUUGUGAAGUUUACUGUUGAAGUUGGCGAUAGCGAGGAGACUAUAGACGUUCAAGUUGAAGGUGUCGAAGAUGUUAUUUUCAACAUUCCUGAGAGUUCCAAAUUUGUCACCACCAUUUACUUUAGGGUGAAAAAUAGAGAAUUGAAAGAUGUCAAAUAUAAGCAAGUAAUUAAAAAAGCUGGAGUUCCAAUCAAGACUCGUGACCUUGAACUUGGACCAGUUUUCCAACCUUCAGAUGAAAUCUAUAGUACUGCAUUUCCAGAAGAUACCACUCCAGGAGGAUUUUUCUUUAGAGGAACUUAUCCAGCUACUUCAACUUAUUACGCUGAUGGUGAAGAAUUAUUUACUAGUGACUGGACCUUAACCAUAACUUCUAAAGCGUAAAUAGACAGACAAUUAGCUAUUUAAUUUAUUGAGUUAAUUGGCCCACUUAGUAUUUAUGUAUCUAUUUAUCUAUUCAUCUAUUUAUUUAUGACUAUUAAAUAUAUAAAAAUCAU